AUGAAUGACCAUACCGUGCUGCUGCGUCAGCCUGCAGAGGUUCUUGCUAAACUGUUUAGUUUCGUUAACCAGGGUGAGUUAAAUGAAAUUGGGAAGAAACUAUGGUUUACUUUAAGUUGGAGUAGAUGUUUGCUUGUUUUUAUCCGCUCCUCCCCAGAGACAAUGGACUUGGUCGCAAUGUCCCCAGGUAGUGGAAGGGUUUGUAUUUGGAGUUCAUCUAUCAUCAAAUCCUACUUCAGCCCACAGCCUCCUGCUGGUAUUGUCAGCAAAAAUGAAAUGAGCAGCUCAGAUUUUUAUUGCAAUCUUAUGUUUUAGUAUUUUCAGCAGCAACUUGGGCUGAAAUCUUUGAAACUGGUCAUCUGGCUUUAAAGUUUAAAUAUAUGACAAUGUUAUAUGUGUCAGUAAAGUAAUGCAAUUUUUAUUAACAUAAUAGAAGUAUCCUACUGGCAUCAAAAGCAUCUAAGUCAUUACUAAUUAUGUUAAUUUAACUGCUUUCUAAAUGUUAACAAAUGCCCAUCAGCUUAUUGACUGGUUGUGUAAUCUCAAUUGAACCUGAGACCCAAGCUUCACCAGCUAAGAUCGGAAGCCUAUGACCUCAAACAUAAAAUCAGUAAGUUCAAAUGGAAUAAAACAGAAAAUCCCUUUGUUGUCCCUCUGAGGAAAUCUUGGUGUAACAUUCACAACAAAAAUAAAAUAAAACCAAACCGAUACAAUAUCUUGCCCAAGGAUCCUUGGACGUGAGGAGACGACACCUGAACGCAGCGUGGUGUGUUUAUGGAGUGCCCUCUAGUGGAGAAAGUGAGACCUACAGUCCUUCCUGCCAGCUAGAAAAAGAAACCGAAAGCAUAAAUGAAACUUACGGGCAGAGGUCGUCGGCAGGAGGUAACUUUCACUAUGUCAUCAGACGAGGAAUUCUCCCUGGUGACGGACCCAGACCCCUCAGAAAAAACCCUGGAGGGAGUCAAGGCUUUAAUCAGCAAACACAAGAAACAGUAUGAGGCUCUGCUGGAGGACCAGAAAGACCUGACCUCUAGCAGAGACGAACGGCGAGACCUGACCACACAGUUCAAGGAACGCACCAAAAAGCUGACCGUGGAUCUGGAGAAGGAUGAGAGCUUCUACAAAGAUGAAAUAGAGAAUCAGAAGGCAACUCUGGAUUCACUGAAGGAGGAGGAGAACAACUUGAUGGAAGAAAUCAAGAAGAUCCAGGCAGAAAUCAAAGAAGAAGAUGACCAAAACGUGGAACUGAAAGAACAAGCCGACGUGUUCUGUUCCAUGCCAGAGAAGAAAUUUGUCUUCAAAGGGUUGACAAAAAAUGCAGAGGACAGGCAGGAGUUUGAUAUGAAGUCCCACAUAACUUACCCGAUGGACGGAGGAACAGCACUGAUUACAUUUGAGGAGGAGGACGUGGCGAGCAGUAUUCUGAAGAUGAAGAGGCAUAAGGUGGAGCUGGGGGUAGAGUGCAGGAUCAUCGUGCAAGCCCAUCCAGUUCACCUGAUGCUUCCCAGUCUGGUGGAGAUCGACUCUGAGGUUUGUCCUCGACGCAUUUUACUCUCUAACCUGCCUAAGAUGAACACGGAGAUUCUGCUGAACAAACUGGAGAUCCACUUCUCCAAGACUAAAAAUGGGGGCGGGGAAGUGGACGUCUGUGACUACCUGCCUGACUCUGGGACGGUAGUCAUCGUCUUCAUAAAGGAAAAUGUUGCCAAACAUUUGGUAGAAACAGAGUUCCAUGAAGUGAAGCUAAACCAAACCAAGCACAAAGUGAGAGUCACUCCUUUUCUCAACGGAAAGAUAACAAACUUACAGACCAAGAUGUCCAUGUGUCCCCGGACGGUGCUGCUGACUGGAAUACCUGACAUCAUGGAGCAAGAAACCUUACAGGAUCUGUUGGAAAUCCACUUCCAGAAAAACAGCAAUGGUGGAGGAGAGAUUGAAGCCAUUCUGUACAACCCGCUGGGUCAGAACCUCCUGGCUCUGUUCGGCAACACCUUGGAGGAGGAAAGAGAUGAGGAGUAAAUACAGGUUUUUAACUGCAGCAAAAAAAAAAAAAAAAAAACCCAAAAAAAAAAAAACCUGCCAAAUGUAAAGUUUUAUCUACUUUGUAAAUACCUAAAAAUCUUCUCUUUUCCUCAUGGAUUGCAGUAAAAGUGCUCAGUUAUUCAGCCUGUUUGGGAAUAAAUCAUUAGGUGAUAGCUCCAGGGAUCAGGAAAAUGUUUUAACUUUAAGUUAUUUUAUGAAUAGACCCUAAAUCUACUGAUGCAUUAGUCUUGUUGAUCAGAGAUGAUUGUGUAUCAUAUGCUGAUGCUAAAUACAACGCUCAUGGCUUUUAUUAGGAAGGUACGUUUUCAUUAAAAUCAUGCCAAACACCACAUUACAAAUAUCACUUAUGAAAAAAUAUUUCUGAUUUAUUAACCCGGUAAACAUUUUUCUAAAGAGCUCGUGUUCCCAGUUACUGAUACAAUAAACAAAAACCAGUUUUAAGUCAGAUUUUCUGUAAACAUGGGGUGUACACAGUUUAUAAGUUUUGAGAAUAAACACUGUAGCGUCAUGAAUGUCCUGUUUUUGACCUAAAGGUCAUGAUCUGCUGCGUCUGCUCGAGUGGAGACAUUAAGUCUCUGAUACAUGCCUAAUCUACAUGAGAUAUUGGCCAAGGUCUUUCAUGCCCUCUGCUCAUCUGAACUGCUUCACCUUUUACAGCUCAAGACGAAGACGAAGAACUCUCUUGAUAAACACAUAAUCGGUAAUAACAUAAUAACUUUGUUAUUACCAAUAAUAAUGUGAGCCCAAUGUUCAAUCAAUCUGUGAAAUGACAAUGUAAUUACUUGAUAUUAUAAUCCUGUGAUCAGUAGUAUUUUACAAGUAAUAAUCCUGGACAUUUGCACUAGACACUAAUGACACAGAGUCAUGCUAAAGUCACAUGACACAUUUCCUUUUGUCUGAUCCAAUCAGAACCUUCGUUUCGGACGCGAGGCGUGGUUUUCUGUGGUGUUUGUUUAAACCCUCUUUUGCAUGUCAAAUUCUGAUUCGCCAGUAAACCAAAAUAUGACAAUUAUAAAAACUAUCCCGCGCCACCUUUUCUUUAGUUCAAAGCGUUCUAGAGAAGUCUCGGACAGGCCAUCCGGACUUCCUCUGCAGCCAAAGAAGUUCGACCAGCUGGAUAAAAUCGUUACACCUGACCACAACGGUUCCUUCAGAAUAAAAGCUGAACCUCAUGACCCCUUCAGGGUCUCGCUGACACCAAUGAACCUGUCGUGUCCAAGACUAGUUUGGUCGGCACCGCUGCUUUUCUACUGGCUUCGGUUCCAAGGAGGGUCCAAGAGGACCUCGACAUUCUAGAUCUAAUCAGAGGCUUCCCCUGGGGUACGUAGACCGACAGAUGGCAUCUCGUGUGUUAUAAAUCUCCAACUAAAUUUUAGAGCGAAACAUUCACUCCCACUCAGAACUAAAUGCUUCUCCGGAUCCGCUGGUUCUGAUAGCAACAUUCCACACACACACACCAUCAUUGCACGUCUCACUCCACUUUAGUUCCAUCAGUACACAGAGUGUUAAAGUUAGUCUUUUAAAUUGUGUAGAAAUAAAUUUAUUAACUAUUAUAAA